CUCCCGACAGGCUCCGGGCAGGAUGGCGGCGGCGGGAGCGCCGGGUGGCGAUUCCUUCCAGGAGAAGCUCACACGGGUUAUUUCAUGGUUAAAGAAAUUAAAUGGGCAUGUGCCUAUUCUGGAAUGUGAGGUGAAUGAAAGGACAGUGGAUAUUUUGCAUGAAAUUAUGGAGAGCAAUGAAGAGAGAGUAAAGGAUGUUAUGUUGCUGAUAGAGGACAUGAAGGACAGGACAAACAAAUAUAAAGCAGAAGCUCACACCUGUCGUAAUAUUCUUGAAGAAAGCCUGGGAUAUUUGGAAGACGAUAUGUCCAAGGAGGCCAAGGAUGACCUCACUGACCUGGUACAAAGUGCAGUAGAACUCAACAUGGAGGACACGUCUCUUACCAGCUUCUACAGUGCCAUCCAUGACAUGACCUUGGAACUGUAUAAAACAAAAUCAAAAAACGAAGAAAUGGAACAGAAAUUGAGGACCCUCACAAAAAAACUAAUGUCAGCACUGAUGUUGGAAAAGCAGUUAGAGAAGGAUAUUGAAAAACUGAAGAAAUCUCAGGGAAUACAACAGGCCAAAGAAGAUAUUCAAUCCAUGAACCUGAAGUUCCUGGAAGACAAAUCUAAGGAUCUGAAAAUAAGGAUCUGUGAUGCUGAGGCUGAGCUUGUUACCACGGAGUUGAACCAAUCCCUGACACACGAGGCACUGGUGGAAUUAUCUGAGGAGCUGGCUGCACUGCGUAAAGAAAUAGAGCCAUUGAAGAUGGAACUGGCAUACUAUCUUGAUUUACCUCUUAGCAUUCCCCUGGCGCAGGUGAAGGUUGAAGAAGUGAGAAGAGAACUUGUAAGAGAUUUCUUAUCUUUCCAGGAGCUACAUGUAUUAAUUGAUUACAGAUUUAUUUACAGAUUUAUCACAGAAUGUUCUCAUGGGGGGAUGUGGUGAGGCAGAAGUUGUAGAUACUGAUCAGGGGAACUGGUGAACUGAUGUCUGAGCUGCAAAGUCAGUUUGGCAUAGUGAUAUCAGUGCAGAUUAGGUAGCUGUAGCCCCAUGAAUUUUGCCUAUUGGAAUGUUUAUCCACUCACUGUAGGUCUCAGAAUCUUCCUUGCUCCUCCUGAACUCUCAGAGGGCUCCAGGCUUAUUUUAGUCAACAUCUGCCUUGUAUGCUGCAAUGGGGACAUUCUCCUGUAAAACACAGUGCCCAUGUCCUCCAUGCAGGUGUAAUCUGUUGAGCCAAACACCAUAAAGCUGUUUGGGAAGUUCAUAUGUAGCUUUCCUGAGUGAGCUGAGCCACGUUUGAGCCCCAUAAAACAUGUUUUUGUCCCUUUGGGCUACUGCCUGCUUGCUCGUAAAGCACAAGUGGUAAGCCUUAAACCUGUGAUCAAAAAUCACAUCUAGGUAAGAGCAUUUUGCACAUUUUCAGGUGAGAAUACCUGGGGUUUUGUUUCAGGGAGUACAGGGUCCCCUUACCAGCCUGCAGCUGUUCUGAGGUCAGAAUGCUUGCCUCUGGGGAGGACCAGUAAGCUGGGAUGUGUUCAGAAUCACACUGGGGCUCAGAGUGAAGGCAGCUGAGCUUGUCCAGCCUUCCAUUUGGAGGACAAGUCCAUCCAGCUCAACACCAGGGUUAUUCCAUCACUGCUGACAGGCUCCCAGGGUUUGAUCACUGCAGAUGUGUUUGUUUGUCAGCAGCACGUGGAAGCUGUCUCGUGGUCCCUGAUUCUUCUUGGUUUUCUCUCCUGGUAGAAUGCCUUGGAUGAAGAGCUCAUAAAUGAGAUUAAAGCUCUGCCUCUCGAGCUGCAAUAGCCCAGCAGGCCUGCCUGGAACAUGAUCCUCCUUCUGUCGCCUACCUACUUGCACUAGCAAUGCACUUCAGAACUAUUACCUGUACCCUGGCAGCUUCCUGCUGUGUUCUUCUCUCUGUCAGCCUUGUGUUUAUAAGCUUCACCUAUUUUUCAUUAAAUAGCAUCCAAACUUGC